AUGCUGAGAACCGACAGCGACAUGAUUCCAACGUCAGCAGCUCUUCUUAUCGUCGGUUGUGUUCUUCUGCCAAUGAUUUCCACCUUGGAUAUCAACAUGGCUGUCAUUUUGCCCUUUGACGAUGCCAGACCGUUCAGCGUUCGGAAGAUUAGACCUGCCAUAGAGAUGGCCAGAAGAAGACUGGAAAAAGACCAGGUCCUUUCAGAGUCCACGACAAUUGUGUUCCAUUAUGGAGAUUCGCGUUGUCACAGUGCCCAUGGGAUCAACAGCGCCGUCAGUCUGCAUAUGGAAUAUAAUGUAGACGUCUUCUUAGGACCGGUGUGCUACGGUCCUGCCCUCUCACUCGCCAGACAGUGCAUAUUCUGGAACCUGUCUAUUAUUUCCGGUAGUGCGGUCAGUCGAGAUUCAAUCCUGAAGAAGCAAAUCACCUUCUCCUCAUUCACGGACCAGCGAAUUUCCACUCCCUGUCGAACCUACUGUAUUUAA